AUGGCUUACAACGACCCUUACGCUAAUCAAUACUCUGGCGGGCACCAGACCAAUCCUCAUUUCGGAGAGUCCCAGACAGACUUCAACCCGUACACCAACAACGCUCGACAGGACCAAUUUCAAGCUGGCCCAGGUGCCCCUUCUUAUGCAAACUACGGAGGCUACCGAGACGAGCCACCAGACAACACAUAUGGAUACAACACAGCACCUCGUAGAAAUGCCUCUCAACGGACAUACACCGGAGAGCCAAUGCACGAUGAAGAAUUUAACGUACCACCAGUGCCCUCUAAGGAGCGAGUAGAAUUUGACACCUUUGCCGUCCCUCGAGGGGAAAAAACAGCGCAAGCGAUGAGAAAGUAUCGCAGGGAUUACCAGGGGAAUCUCAUAACAAAGGGUGGGAGGGGCAGAACCUGUCUCAGGUUCUUCUUCUGCACGUUGUUGAUCGCUCUCUUCUUGUUUAUUUCCAUUGUCUUGUCCCUGGCACUCUGGAUCCGUCCCCCCAACCUCAUCAUGGGGGACGUUGCCAUUUCGAAUUCCUCUCCGUUUAAUUUGUCGAAUGAGGGUGUAACCAUAAACCUGGGGGUUAAUCUUACUGUCAAUAACCCGAAUUAUUUUGAUGUCAACUUACGGGAAGUCAACGCGGACAUAUUCUAUCCGAUAAACAACACUCUCGUCGGUGGUGGCAAUCAACGAGACAUCGUCUUCAAAUCCCAUUCAGAAAAGAACUUCACCUUCCCAUUUGAUAUCGCGUACCAGAGGACGACAGAUCCCAACAACCUGAUAAUAGCCGACCUUAUCACCAAGUGUGGCCAGAAGCAGGAUAUCAGAGUCACCUAUAAAAUCCGAGUCAGCGUCAGAAUUUUGGUGAUCACUGUAUCGCCGACAAUAGAGAAUACCUUCAGUAUUGCGUGUCCCUUAGACGCAGACGCAAUCAAGUCUCUUGCGAACGGCGCAGGUCUUAACCUUGGUGACCUUGGCAACGCCCUUCUUAAGGGUUAA